CGUGGUCCUGUCAUUUCACUUCAAAAGGUUGAGUUUGGUGAAAGCAAAGGUAAUUAACCGAAUUCUAAAAGAAAGAAUUGAAAGAGGUACAUAAAGGAAUUAAAUAGAGAGCUGAUCGAAUUACUACUACUACUAUCAAGAUGCGGGCAGUGGCAGUUCCCUCAUAUUCACAUCUUAGCGUAAAUAGCUUGUUGCAGAGAGGCAGAAGUAGAGAUUUGCAAUAUUACAGAGGUGCUUGCCUCAUCACAGGGAGGAAUUUAGCUUUGAGUGCAACAAAAAAGCAAAAAAAAUCUAGCUUUACCAUAAACGCGCAGCAGACAUACACUUCACAAAUCACCAUUCUAGCCGAUAUGCCCCUCUAUGAAUCCCCUGAUGCUUCUUUCGACAGGUACAUGGAGGACAAACCCAGAGUAUUCAAAGCCAUAUUUCCAGAGAACAGAGGAACCCAACGUGUUAACGAGGAGGAAUGGAGAAUCCGAAUGGAACCGAUAGCCUUCUUAUUCCUCACAGCCUGGCCUGUUGUUAAUAUGAGAAUUAGAUACAAAACUAAAGGAAAAGAAUACCCUUCUGGCGUUCCCACCAAUACCUCUACUGUUCUCGAGCUGAAAAUUACAAAAUGGGAUCUAGAAGGGGUAACAGAGGGGAAAAAUAAACCUUCAGAAUUCAGGCUUAAUAUGGAAGGAGCACUUUACCCAGAUAGAAGAGGAGCAAGAAGCAGGAUCAAAGGUCAUUUCAAUAUGAGCCUUAGCUUCGCUCCGCCUCCUAUGCUUGCUUUGGUUCCUCCACAUGUUCAUCAACAUGUUACACAAUCGGUUAUGAAGAAUAUGGCGGAAAGUAUGCAGCAUAAAGUAAGAGAUAAUCUGCUUGCCGAUUACACUAAAUUCAAGAAGGAAAACUACAAAAAUAUUCCACCUCCACAAUAAGUUAGACUUUUCAUUGAAGAAGAAGAGCGAAAAUAAGAUAAACAAGAAAAAUACUGAAACACUCUUAGCUCGGUGUGAAUUUCCCUUUUUGUGGCCUUUUGUAUUUGUUCAACUAAUCAAGCUAACAAUGAAAAUUAUUGGUGUAUACUUUGUUAAUUAGUGAUAUCGUGUACGCAAAGGCAAGUAUGAAGUGAGAUUACUACUUACAAGCA